ACAAGUUCCUUAUUUGUCAGUGAUGAAAGAGCAGAAUCAGCUUCAACCAUCAGAGCCUCGACAUGAACGUCUGCUACACUUUGAUCUGCUGCUUCUUCCUGUAUGACGUCAGCGCAGAGAUCCUCACCUACUCAGCUAAUGAAGGAGAAACCAUCAGAGUCAAAUAUUCCUUCCGUUCAUAUGGAAGCAGGAAGUUCUGUCGGGGACGAUGUGAAGCAGGAGAUGUUCUCAUUGAAACAGAAGAAAAUGAAGCGAGGAACGGACGAUACAGCAUCAAAUAUGAGAAACCAGGUGACGCUGAAGGAGAUCUGUCAGUGACCAUGACAAAUGUGAGCAAGUCUGACUCUGGAAUGUACCAGUUUGGCCUCGGCAGUGAUUCUUCUUUGUAUCGGGAGUUUAAAAUCCUCAUCCAUGAUGCUCAGCUGGACGGAAGCUCUGGAGUAAAACAGCUCUAUAAGAGAAGUGGAGGAAACGUCACUGUUCAAUGUUUCUUCACUAACCCCAAAGGAAGUAAAUUCUUCUGCAGAGAAGAAUGUGGAGAGACCAAGAACGUUCUCAUCCAAACAAGUGGUUACAAAGAACGAAGCGGAAGAUACAGCAUCAGGUAUUUCACAGAACAUGGAGGACAAGGAGGAUUUCUGUUGGUGACCAUCACACAGCUCAUCAGCUCCGACUCAGGACGCUACAGAUGUUCUGUGGGUGAAGAAUCACACAGAGACUUUGAAGUCAUUGUCACAGAUGGAGCUGAUACGUUCUCCACCAAGAACUUGAUUCUGACUGUGAGACUGACGCUGGUCGUCCUGGUCGUCCUGUUAUCAGGGGCCGCACUGAUAUUCUGCAGAAACAGGACUAACAGACCCAGAGGUGAGGCCACAGAACCUCCGGUGGAGACGGAUCCUGCUUCUGUCCCUGAGCCCGACCCCGUGUACGAGGAUUUCAGAGACGAGGACCGACCUCCUGCUGCUGUGGAAAUCUCUCCAGAUUAUUCUUACGUCAAGUACAACACAACACAACUAGUCACAGCCGGUGAUGACGACAACUUUGUCACUGCUGCUACUUCUCAGCACAAUGCUGACGACAGCUCAGGUUGACUCACCUGCGAUCGGGGGGGAUUAUUCCAACAGGGCUACAGGCUUUGCUAACAGCACCCCCCACCCCCUCCGAUGAGGAUGAUGUAGUCUACUCCGUCCUUCAGUAGAUGAUAUGUCACUUCAGCGUCUCCUCUCUCAUUGGCCGACAGGAAGUGUUGGCAUUUUAUAUUUUAGCUUGUCUGUGUGUGUGUCUGUGAAGAUGGCAUUAGAACUGAAAGUCUAAAGAAUAAAGCAGGAGGGUGGGGGCAGGAGCAGUUUGGGCUUUCACACAAAUUAUUUAUAAUAACCUUUGGUGCUUUGUGUUAAUCUUGAAGUUAGAGUGUGUGUGCGUCACAUCGCUGGUCAGUCUCACACCUGUCUUGAUAAAGGGUCUGAUGAGAGCCGCUGCCUGUUGUGGGAUAAAUCUGUGACAUACGAUACACUGUACUUUAACUUCUUCUCAUACUUAACUUUUUAUAUUAAAGCAUAAAUCCCUUAGAUUCAUUCAACAUCACACAGAGUUCAAGCAGCUGCCCCAGGUUCUGGGGGAAGAUAGAAAAGUGUUGUUCUGGUUUAGUUGUUUUGAAUGUUUACACAAAUAGAACAUACAGCCGAUAGAGCAGGAACACAAUAUUCUUUACUCCAAUGAACAACAACAUUGACCCACAAGGCGUCUAACGAGUCAAGGCUAGUUUAUGAAACACAAAAUCCAACUGUCAUGGUGGGGAGAUUUGUCCUUCAACUAUCAGAGGAGGAGCGUGACUGGGAGUGGCUCCUUGUCACUUCCUGGUUCCAGAGCCAAGAGGCGUGGAUCUAAGCCUGUGCACCAACCAGGGAGAACCACAUUGAUUUGCGGUGACACCCCUUCAUUAUUUGGCCCAAUCAAAUUAUACCUAGUGUUAUAAAUAUAACAAUCAUCGUCUUUUCAGCGAGACUAUUGACCACCCCGUGCUUCUUGUUUAUCCGAGGCUGUGCAUGAGCGCUCAUAGCUAUGCUGUUAACUUUUCAUUGCUUCUUAAUAAAUCCUUGUUGAAUUAGUCCA